AUGUUAGGACUUCAGGCCAAGACCGCAGGUAAAGACGCGCUUCCUCAUCAGAAGUCUCCAGCCAUCCCCAUCAACAAGGAACCUGCAAGGAAGUUUGCCCCGGUGGUGACCAGUCCUGCUCCCCCUGCUGCUGAGGUGGUGAAGUCAUCAGUGUUGCCUCAGGUAGACAUCGUACCCAGCAGUAACAUCAAGGAUAUCAUCAGACAGUAUGACUCUCCUCCGCCCGUGACUGAUGCUCUACCGCCCGGCAAGAGGAGACCAGAGGGGAAGUUUAUGAAGAUGCAGAAUCCUCGUGAUGAAGCGCUACAGAUCCUCAAACCUCAGAUGGACAACCCUCCACCACAGCCCAAGCGUCCGUUAGGCCCAAGCCCCUCUGCGAUGGCUCUAAAGGAAGCAGGGAUUAACCCCACCAAGAGGGCCAAGAAGAGGGCCCCUGAACGCCCUCAACCACUCCCUCUACCAGUAUCGCGAGAGCUGCCAGUGGAGGCGGAGACUAUUCAGACCCAGCUCCAUCACACCACACACCAAGAACACUACACCUACACCAACGUACCCUGGAAGAUCUACAUCAGGAAGGAGGUGUUCUACCCUAAAGACAGCUCCAACCAUCCCCUGGUGCUGGACCUCAUUUUCAAACAGAUAGUGAGUGACACUCUGUCUCAGGCAUGUGUUAGAAUCUCCAAUCGGGAGAGAAUGAAGAUGAAGUCUCUGUUUGAGAAACGUGGCGUAGAGCGGAACGUGGACGAGGCGGUGAAGAAGGAGGUUGUCACAGUAGCCAAGGAAUCCUGGGAUAUUUAUUUCUCAUGCCUAUUUCCUGCCUCUGGUAGUGCAGGUACAGGUGUACAGGUGUUGUCCGUGUCUCACACCGGGAUCAGGCUCCUGAAGACAGUGAAGAGCAGCACUGACGAAGUCGGACUACUUCAGAGUCCUACGACAUUACACGACUCUGAGUAUGUGGUAGCAGAGCGUCCUCGUGACAGACUCAGCUCUCCUCUGCUCGCUUUCCAUAAAGGUUGGAAGUUUGGAGGGGUGUUUGGUCGUGCAGGGGCGUUCCCGACAGAUUGUGUCCGUCCCGUCGCCGCCCCUGACUUCCUGCCCCUCCCGGUCGACCGCAGGGCGGAGCUUAAAGGAGGAGCAGGGCGGGUUGCCGUGACAUCAGCUAUGGCUGUGGCCGUGGCGUCCAGCGCGGCCGCUCACGAGAUAGACCCAACCCUGGAGGAGGGGUUUGAUGAGGUCCUAGAGAUCGACGACAGCAUUCUGCAGGACACGAUACGAUAUGGUGGAGUUGCUUUAGACAACCGGCUGCUAAGGGGCACACACACAUUGAUGAGGGCCUCUGUGAAGUCCAAGAAGCCCAAAGACACCAGAGAUCCCUUUGAAAUGGUCAGGUUACAAGAAGUGUAA